AAAAAAAUCAAUGCAUCACUUCUUUCUCCAUAUAGUGCUUCACCACAAAAAUCUCUUCUCUAUCACUUUCCAUGGCUUCUUCUUCUUCUUCUUCUUCUUCUAGCAACGGGAGAUACCAUGUUUUCCCCAGCUUCCGUGGAGAAGAUGUCCGCAACUCAUUCCUAAGCCAUCUCAUGGAGCUUGAACGCAACUUGAUCACUACAUUCAUCGACCAUGGCAUCGACAGAAGCCGCCCUAUCGGAUCCGAGCUUUUAUUGGCGAUAAAAGAAUCGAGAAUAGCGAUCGUCAUCUUCUCUAAGAACUACGCCUCGUCAACAUGGUGUUUGAACGAACUGGUGGAGAUCCACAAGUGCUUUAAGGAUCUGAAUCAGAUGGUGAUACCAAUUUUUUACCAUGUCGAUCCUUCUGAUGUUAGAAAGCAGACCGGGGAAUUCGGCGAUAGGUUUAAAGAAAUUUGCAUGGACAAAACAGAAGAUGAGAUAGAAAGGUUGGUUCGAGCACUAACGGAUGUAGCAAAUUUGGCCGGACAGGAUUCCAAGAAUUGGAUCGGUGAAGGCGAAGCAAAAAUGAUUGAACAUAUAGCUAAGGAUGUGUUCAACAAAGUUAUGAUACCAUCAAACGAUUUUAGCGACUUUGUGGGGAUUGAAGCUCAUUUUCAGAGGUUGAAUAAUCUUUUGUGUUUGGAGUCUGAGGAGGUUAGAAAGGUAGGAAUUUGGGGCCCUUCAGGGAUAGGUAAGAGUACCAUAGGAAGAGUUCUUUUUAGUCAACUCUCUAGCCGAUUCCACCACCAUGCUUUUGUCUCUUACAAGAGUACAAAACAGUGGGAUGACUAUAGCAUGAAGUUGUCUUUGGAUGAACGACUUCUGUCGGAAAUUUCAUGUCAAAAGGACCUAAAGAUAUCCCAUUUAGGUGUAGUGAAACAAAUGCUAAACCACAAGAAAGUUCUUAUCAUCGUUGAUGAUGUGGAUGAUCUUGAAGUGCUAAACACCUUCAUGGAUCAAACUCGUUUGGUUGGAUCCGGGAGCAGAAUCAUUGUGAUAACUCAAGAUAGGAAACUUUUAAAGUCUCAAGAGAUUGAGCUUAUUUAUGAGGUCGAGCUCCCAUCGUACGAUCUGGCUAUACAAAUGUUCUGUCGAUAUGCGUUUGGGAAAAACUCUCCGCCUUAUGGUUUCGAAGAACUCACGGAGGAAGUUGCAUUGCAUUCAAGUAAUCUCCCUUUAGGUCUAAGUGUCUUGGGUUCGUCUUUGAAAGGAAUGACGAAGGAGGAGUGGGUGGAGAUGCUGCCUAGGCUCUUGAAUAGUUUGGAUGGGAAAAUCAAGAAUACACUAAAAGUUUGCUAUGAUAGGUUAGAUGUCAAAGAGCAAGAAUUGUUCCUUUGGAUUGCAUGCCUAUCCGAUGGUCCUAACGUCAGUUUCUUAAAAGACUUGCUUGGAGAUAGUGCUGAAAUUGGGCUCAAAAUACUGAAUGACAAGUCCCUAAUACGUAGGGAAUCAACAGAAUUUGUUCGAAUGCACAGUUUGUUACAGAAGUUGGGUAAAGAAAUCAAUCGUGCAGAUCCCAUCAACAACCGUAGGUUCUUGACGGAAGCUGAGGAUAUAUGUGAUGUACUUACCGAUAAUGCUGGCACUAAGAAUACUCUAGCCAUGUAUUUGAACAUGUCGGAAAUCAACGAGCCAUUGUCUAUGGAUGAAAAUUCAUUUCAAAGAAUGCGUAAUCUGAAACUUCUACACUUUUACAAACCCUGGUGGUGGUCAAGGGAGACUGGAAAAGGCAGAUUGACUUUACCUAACCGAGGCCUGCAUCAUUUUCCACGCAAACUCAGAUUGCUACGUUGGGAUGAAUAUCCAUCCAAGUGCAUGCCUUUUAACUUUAGAGCGGAAAGUCUGGUUGAAAUCAGAAUGGAGUAUAGUAAGCUUGAGAAGUUGUGGGAAGGAACUCAGUUUCUUGGAAGUUUGAAGGAGAUGGAUAUGAGUUAUUCUGCAGAUUUAAAAGAGAUUCCAGAUCUUUCAAAAGCAAUAAAUGUCAAGAAAUUGAAUCUUCGGGGAUGCAAAUCUUUGUUGGCACUUCCUUCCUCAAUUGGAAAUCUCAGUAAUCUGUUUCUAUUGAAGCUUAAGGGAUGCACAUCUUUGGUGACACUUCCUUCCUCAAUUGGGAAACUCAGUAAACUAUCUAAACUGGACAUGUCGAAAUGCUCAAACCUUAAGUUUCUACCAGCUGAUGUCAACUUGGAAUCUCUUUUAAUUCUCAAACUUAACGGAUGCUCACAGUUGAGAAUGUUUCCUCGUAUAUCAAGGAACACUGAAUGGCUUUACCUAGAAGAAACUGCAUUAGAAAGAGAAGAAGAUAGUUCUUGGAUUGAGAAUAUCCCUCACCUUAAAGAACUCUAUUGGGAUGAUGUACCAUUGAGUUGUAUGCCACCUAAUCUCAACCCAGAAUAUAUGAAGUACCUUAAAAUGAGAGGUGGCAGGCUUAAGAAGUUAUGGGGAGGGGUAAAGUCGCUUGAAUAUCUCAGGGAGAUGGAUUUGUCAGGAUGUGAAAGCCUAGUCGAAAUUCCAGAUCUUUCAAUGGCCAUCGGCCUUAGGUAUUUGGAACUCAAAAAUUGUAAAAGCUUGGUUAUGCUUCCUUCCUCAAUUAGGAAUCUCAACCAACUCGAGCGCUUGAACAUGGAAGGGUGCACAAUGCUCGAGGUUCUACCAGUCGACAUCGACUUGCCUAAUCUUGGACAACUCAAUCUCAGUGGAUGCUUAAAAUUGAGAAAUUUUCCUCAGAUUUCAACCCGCAUUGAAUUUCUCUAUCUAGAUGACACUGCGAUUGAAGAAAUUCCUUCCUGGAUUAAGAACAUGUCUAGACUCUGGGAACUAACAAUGCGUCGGUGCAAGAAUUUAAAGAAAAUCUCCGCAGAGAUUUUUAAAUGGCAAUAUCUUGAGGCAGACUUUUCAGACUGUGGAGGAAUCACAACAAUCUGUGAUCACUUACCAGGAUGGCCACACAAUGAUUUCUUUGAUAUUUCUUCAUUUUCUUCUUACAGAUAUCCGGGAGGAGUGACUCCGUUCAAGUUCAAAAAUUGCUUUGAUUUGGAUAGAGAUGCACAGGAAAUUAUUAUACAAUCAAACCCAAUCAUGGCCGUUAUACCAGGUGGAGAAGUGCCUAUGUAUUUCACACAUCGAGGUUGUGGAAGUUCCCUAAGUAUCCUUUUGUCUGAGAGCUCUCUUUCUCAAGAAUCUCUAUUACUGAAAACUUGCCUCGUGGUCGGACAUUCAAGUCACUACCCCGCCAGAUACAUACAAGUUCGUCAGUCCUUUCGAGGCCAAAAAGAAGAGAUUCAUUGUGAUGUUAAAGUGGACGCCGCGUGCACAUACGAGAAGGAUCAUCAGGUUUUGUUCAUCUUACAUAUUCAAAUAAAAGGAGUGGAUAACCCGCCAUCUGAACUGAACAACAAUGUUCUACUACUUGAGUUUUAUACCAACCAUUAUGUCCGAUAUGGUGGAGGGUGUUCUCGCCGCAAACAAAUUUCUACCGUUGAAGGGAUAAAAGGAUGCGGUGCACGAGUCAUGAAUAUCUCAGAAACAGACGGCGAGCGUAACAGACGAAAGAAGAAGAUGCGGAUGACAGUUCCAACAUUCCAAGAGCAUACCAACUCUCCGUAUAUCCAACCUGCAGUGAAUUCCAGACUAGUGGCUCCGAAUUUGGACCUUUCCCUGGGGCUGGCUGGAGCAUCUAGUGGUGAAGAAAGUGACGAAGAAAGUGAUGAAGAGAGCAACCGAAGCAAGAAAAAGAUGCGGAUGACAGUUCCAACAUUUCAGGAACAUUCCAACUCUUUGUACAUCCAAACUGCAGUGAAUUUCGAACCGAUGGCUCAAAAUAUGGAGCUUUCCUUGGGGUUGGCUGGAGCAUCUCCUUUUGACCCGUGUCUUGGCAGAGAAUCUUUGCAUUCUGAACCCAUGAUAAUCGAGCAACAAAACACAGGUGCAUCCGACGAAGAGGAUCCUUCAUUUUCUGCACUGCUUUUAAACUUUUUCACCUAGAUGAAAUACUUCUUUCCGUUAUAAAGAAAUAAGUUUCAUGAAUGCUGGAGUUUGGUUCAGUCACUCAUAUGUAAAAAACAAAAUUUCUACCAAUUGAAUGAUUUUAUGAAUUUUUUUUUUAA